AUGGGUAAAGGCAAAUUUGAUCAAAUUGGUUCAAAUCGAAUCACAUUACAAUGGUUUUCUUUAAUGGUAUUAAGUUCUCAAAUUGUCGGUGUACUCGCCAUUAUUCUCCUGGCUAUACUCUUUGGUCAAUACCGUGGUGGAUUUGGUUGGACAGACAUCGAUAAGGAAUUUAAUUAUCAUCCUUUAUUUAUGACAUUGGGUAUGAUUUUCUUCUAUGGUGAUGCGAUUUUAUCUUAUCGAGUAUUCCGUGAUGUGAAGAAAAUACGCGUGAAAAUCUUACAUGGAUCUUUACUAGCACUUUCGUUUAUUUUUGCAUCCAUUGGUCUUAAAGCAGUCUUCGAUAAUCAUAACUACGCCGUUCCACCAAAGAAAAACCUCUAUUCAUUACAUUCAUGGGUCGGUUUAGCAGCAGUUAUUUUAUUCGGAGCCCAAUGGGUGUGUGGUUUUGUCAGUUUUCUUUUUCCGAAACUAAGUGAAGACAUUCGUAAAGCUUAUAUGCCAAGUCAUCGAUUUUGGGGUAAAGCUAUUUUCUCGCUUGCAGUUGCAUCAGUAUUAAUGGGAAUUACUGAAUAUAGUAUUUUUUAUAAAAUCUAUAAUAAUGAUGAAGUUAACUACCAACGGAACUUAAUCUGUUUCUUCGGCGUUUUCGUUCUUAUCUUUGCGGGUAUUAUUCUCUAUCUGGUUGGCCAUCCUGGUUAUCAACGACCGCCGGACAAUGAAAUUGAACAUAUUCCAUUGGCUGACUAA